AUAAGCAGAAACAAUGUUUGGAAAGAAAAACGAUCAUGCACAAGGUGGUGAUGCUCAGGGCAGUUCUCGAGGACACACUGGAUUCUCAUUUAAGGAAAUGAUCUCAAAAGCAGGAGAAGUGACUAAGAAGGUGGGAGAGAGCGCCCAAUCCAUGGGAAAGGGGGUUAUGUCCAAAUUGAGCGAAACGGGAGAGAAAAUCAAGGAAUCCAAGAUGAUGAGCGCCUUCAAGAAGGAGGGAGGAUAUUCCAGCGAUUUCGUCCCUACUGAGGAUUCUCCCAAGGUAGCCAAGAAGGCCCCUGUGAAGAAGGCUGCUGGAGAUAGCACUACGGCUCCUAAGAAGACUGUGAAGAAGGUAGUGAAGAAGGUGGUGAAGAAGGUUCCAAAGAAGGAGGAGCCGGUCGAUGAAAUGGAUGAUUUCUUGGGUAUGGGCGACGAAGAACCGAAAGAGGAGGAACCCAAGAGUAAUGCUGCUGACGAUCUUGCCGAUUUGGACUUUGGAAUGGGUGAAGAACCGAAGGAAGAAGAAGAGAAGCCUGUGGCCAAGAAACCAGUCGCUAAGAAGCCUGCUGUGAAGAAGGUGGUGAAGAAGGUAGUGAAGAAGGUGCCAAAGAAGGAGGAGCCGGUCGACGAAAUUGACGAUUUCUUGGGUAUGGGAGAUGAAGAACCGAAAGAGGAGGAACCCAAGAGCAACGCUGCUGACGACCUUGCCGAUUUGGACUUUGGAAUGGGUGAAGAACCGAAGGAAGAAGAAGAGAAGCCUGUGGCCAAGAAACCGGUAGCCAAAAAACCUGUGGCUAAAAAGCCUGCUGUGAAGAAGGCCGCGCCGAAGAAAGAAGAGACAUUCGAUGACUUCGAUUUCGGUAUGGGCGAUGAAGAACCGAAAGAGGAAGAGCCCAAGAGUAAUGCUGCUGACGACCUUGCCGAUUUGGACUUUGGAAUGACUGAGGAAAAGCCCAAGGAAGAAGAAGAAGAGAAGCCUGUGGCCAAGAAACCGGUAGCUAAGAAACCAGUCGCUAAGAAACCGGUAGCCAAGAAGCCUGUGGCUAAGAAGGCCGCACCGAAGAAAGAAGAGACAUUCGAUGACUUCGAUUUCGGUAUGGGCGACGAAGAACCCAAAGAGGAAGAGGAACCCAAGAGCAAUGCUGCUGAUGAUCUUGCCGAUUUGGACUUUGGAAUGACGGAGGAAAAGCCUGCUUCGGCUCCUGCCAAGAAGCCUGUGGCCAAGAAACCGGUAGCUAAGAAACCGGUGGCUAAAAAGCCUGUGGCUAAGAAGCCUGUGGCUAAGAAGGCCGCGCCGAAGAAGGAAGAGGAAAGCCUGGAUGAUUUCCUGGGAAUGGGAGGCGAUGCUGCAGAAUCGACGACCACAACCACAGCGGAUGACUUGAGCUUCCUGAAUGAUAUCACGAUGCCUGCUGUAAUGGAACCGGAGAAGCCGAAGGAAGAAAAGGAAGAGGCUGAAGAAGAGGAGGAAGAAGAAGUGGAAGAAGUGGAAGUGGAAGAGGAAGAGGAAGAGGAGAAGCCGAAGGAAGAGGAAAAGCCUGAUCCUUUUUCGUUCAUCACCUUUUAA